GGACUCUCCAGGACUCUCCAGGAUUUCCCCAUACUUUGGUAGAAAACUAUAGAAUCGGAUCUGGGCACGUCGUAUAAUGAUUGCGCAAGUGAGAUGACGCCACUGCCGGUGAGAAGGAUACGUUAGGCGGGCGGCGUUGAACUAUGGGAACAGAGGCAUGGGCGUGUGCGCGGACCUUGGGUCUCAUCGAUGGUGUCGGGCAUUGAGCACCACCCACCAAUCAGAGCAGCUGGAAAAGGAGCAGCAGCAGUCCCUGGAGAUUCCUGCCAGGAGGACAACGAGAAUUCCCGCUACUAAAACGCUGACGGCAUCGCCAGCGAAGACGGCAGCUUUCACAGUGAAAACGACGAGGAGAAGACGCAGCCUUCCCAUCUGGAAGGGUCAGGGGUCAACGCCAACGAUACAGGUGCUCCAGUUCGUUUUGGUCUCGUUGCUGGCCCUUCUGGCGAAAAAUGCCCAGGCGCACAACAUUCCAGAAGACGCCGUGCACAUCACGGCCAUCCUCGGCGAGGGCGUCAUCUUCAACUGCCAUGUGGAGUUCCCCAACGACCAUCCCGUGCCAUAUGUCCUGCAGUGGGACAAGAAGGUGAGCGAAACGGGCUCCGAUCUGCCCAUCUACAUCUGGUAUGAGAGCUAUCCGGAGCACAUCGAGGAGGGCUACAAGGGACGCGUGUCCCGCGUCUCGCAGGACUCGCCCUUCGGCUCCGCCUCGCUCAACCUGACCAACAUCCGGGAAUCGGACCAGGGAUGGUACGAGUGCAAGGUCGUCUUCCUCAAUCGGGACCCCAAGCAGCAUAAGAACGGUACAUGGUUCCACUUAGACGUACAUGCACCGCCGCGCUUUAGUGUUACGCCAGAGGAUAUUAUAUACGUUAAUUUAGGUGAUUCAAUUAUACUCAAUUGCCAGGCAGAUGGCACGCCCACGCCGGAAAUACUCUGGUACAAGGAUGCCAAUCCCGUCGAUCCCUCGCCCACGGUGGGCAUCUUCAACGACGGCACCGAGCUGCGGAUCUCCACCAUUCGGCACGAGGACAUCGGAGAGUACACUUGCAUUGCACGCAAUGGUGAGGGACAAGUCUCCCAUACGGCCCGUGUUAUAAUCGCGGGCGGCGCUGUAAUCAUGGUGCCCCCGACCAAUCAAACCAAGAACGAGGGCGAAAAAGUGAUAUUCUCCUGCGAGGCUAAGGCCAUGCCCGGGAAUGUGACGGUGCGCUGGUACCGCGAGGGCUCCCCCGUCCGGGAGGUGGCCGCCCUGGAGACCCGGGUCACCAUCCGCAAGGACGGCUCGCUCAUCAUCAACCCCAUCAAGCCGGACGACUCGGGCCAGUACCUCUGCGAGGUGACCAACGGCAUCGGGGAUCCGCAGAGCGCCUCCGCCUACCUCAGCGUCGAAUAUCCCGCCAAGGUGACCUUCACGCCCACGGUGCAGUACCUGCCCUUCCGGCUGGCCGGCGUGGUCCAGUGCUACAUCAAGUCGAGUCCGCAGCUGCAGUACGUCACCUGGACGAAGGACAAGCGGCUGCUGGAGCCCUACCAGAUGAAGGACAUCGUGGUGAUGGCCAACGGGUCGCUGCUCUUCACGCGGGUGAACGAGGAGCACCAGGGUCAGUACUCCUGUACGCCCUACAAUGCCCUGGGAACGGCUGGGGCCUCGGGGAUCAUGGAUGUGCUGGUAAGGAAGCCACCUGCCUUCACCGUCGAACCGGAAACCCUGUACCAGCGGAAGGUGGGCGACAGCGUGGAGAUGCACUGCGAUGCGCUGGAGGCGGAGGGCACCGAGCGACCCACCAUCAAGUGGCAGCGCCAGGAGGGCGAGCAGCUGGCCGAGUCGCAGAGGAACCGGAUCAAGAUCUCGGGAGGGAAUAUCACCAUCGAGAACCUGCGGCGGGAGGACUUUGGCUACUACCAGUGCGUGGUGUCCAACGAGGUGGCCACCCUGAUGGCCGUCACCCAGCUGGUGAUCGAGGGCACCCAGCCGCAUGCCCCCUACAAUAUCACCGGCAAGGCCACCGAGUCCUCGAUCACGCUGCAAUGGCUGCCGGGAUAUAGCGGGGGAUCCGAGUACAAGCAGGACUAUACCAUCUGGUUUAGAGAGGCGGGUGUUAAUGACUGGCAGACCAUCUCCGUCACGCCCUCGGGCAGCACACAGGUGACCAUCAAUGGCCUGGCCUCCGGAACCACCUACGAAUUCCAGGUAGUGGGCAGAAAUGUCCUUGGCGACGGGAUGAUGAGCAAAGUGAUGACCGUGCGCACCUUGGAAGACGCUCCGGCAGCGCCACGUAAUGUCAAGGCUGCAACACAACCGCCCGACUCAUUCUUUCAGCUAAUGCCAGACGAAGCUGGUCCCAAGCCAGGACCCCCGAGGAAUGUGUCCGUUACGGAGGUGUCGAACGGAUUCCUCAUCACGUGGCAAUCGCCGCUGGAGCGGGCGCAUAUCGUCAAGUUCUACACGAUUAAGUACCGGACGGACGCCCAGUGGAAGACCCUCAACCGGGGACAAAUACGUCCCGAGGAGACGCAGUAUCUGGUGAAGAACCUGGUGGGCGGCAGGACCUACUACUUCCGGGUGCUGGCCAACUCGGAGAAGUCCUACGAGUCCAGCGACGAGGUGAAGUUCCCUGUGCCGGCUCGAGUCAAGCACAAGGCGAUUACCGCCGGCGUCGUUGGGGGCAUCCUGUUUUUUAUUGUUGCGAUCAUUUUAUCGGUUUGUGCCGUAAAAAUUUGCAAUAAACGUAAACGACGAAAACAGGAAAAAGAGUUCAACAUGGUAGCUUGCAGGAUAACGGACGCUCGUAACAUUGCCGCCAAUAAUCAUCAUUUGCACAAUCGCAGUACGGGCUCAAUUUCCUCUGGUCAAGUGCCUUUAAAAAACAAUACUGAACAUUACCGUGAUUAUGAAAGCGUUUUUAUAGUUCCAGGUCAUCCUGUCAUAAUCAAAAUCGUACAAACAAACCCGAAUAUCAAGUCUAACCGCCAUUCUCAUUGCCAUCUCCACUGGAUCUGGCCACCUGAUCGCUGCACCAACUGCCACUCCAUCUACAGUUCCCCCAAUCUCGAGGAUGGCGAUGAGGAUGGAGGAGGCGGAGGAGGACGACGUAGGCGUUCCGUGAGCCGCAUCCAACGAAGCCUCGACGGACGCUUUAUUUUGGAUGGGGAUGUGGGGGCCGCUGGCAAACUGGGUUACUCGCAACAGACCCUGGAGUCCGGCAAUGUGGAUGUGGUGGAUGGUGGUGGUAUCUUCGAGCGGCGCAAUAGCAACGUCUCGCAGAAAUCCUCUAGCGAUGAUGGGGGCUUCCUGUCGCGGCGCAACUUCAUCACGGCUCGAGCUUCGUGGCGUCGCCCCCUGGUGGCCUCCUCCAGUCAGCUGAGUCUCCAGUCGGCCGCAGAUUCAGCGAAGGGUUUUCUUCAGGGUCUAUUGAAGAUUGGAGGCAAACCCUCGGCACAAUCCUAUUUCAAUGAGGCGGCGGUGAGUGGAGCUCGCUAUCAGAAUGUCCACAACUUGUAUGGCAACCCGGAUAGAAGUCGACCCCUGCAUAUAAACACCAUCAGUGGUAGUUUGAGUCAGCAGCAGCAGAUGCUCUAUACCCCCUCGAGGAUCUCCAGGAUAUUCUCCAGUUCGCCCCAGCAAUUGCAGCCCCAUCAUCAGCAACUUUUGCUCACCAGCGGUGGCAGUGGAGCCUAUCCCACACACUUCAGCGAUCUGAGCACCGUCUAUCCCCCGAAUUCCGCCGAGCGUUCCUCUAUGCACAACCUGAGUAGUCGCUAUAGGUACUACUCCCAGGAGCUCCCAUCGCUGAGAACCAUUCAGGAGGAGACUCGCCGGCAGCAGCAGCAGAAGCUGCAUCCCCUCGAAGAUCACUUUGUGCCCCUGCAGCUGCCGUCGCCUCCUUCGUGGCGGAGUUACUACCAAUCGCAGGCGAGCUAUCGUCCAAGGACCCGGUGGUAUCCACGUCAUCACUCCAGGCUCUUCGGCAGUCGACAGCAGCAGCACGAGAUGCUCUCGCCGCUGCCCCAGCUGAAUCUCAACCUGAGGAACUCCAUGAAUCCGGGAGGUUUAGAGGCCUCGCCCGAAUCCCGUUCGAGUUCCAGUGGCUUUGGCUCGAAAAACACCUCAAAUCACCCAGGGAGCACCAGUGAAUGGCGGCUAUUACCACCCUAUAGAGCUCCACCCUCGCCACCCAAGCACUGCGGUGGUUACUUUGGGGGACAACAGGCCCAGGGACAGACGCCACAUGCUCCUGCGUAUGGUUCAUCCUAUCCCCGGGCCAACACUCCACCCUACACAAUGGCCCACUGGCUGGAGAUGAUCUCAAGACUGAAUGCCGCCACGGAUAGCAAUCUGCCCAAGCCGCCGUGUCCCGUGGACGUGGGCAGUGUGGACGGGCACUACGAAUUCGACCCGGCCACUCCCACUCCCAGUGCAUCCAGCAUGCUGCGCGAAGAUCUCAAUCUGCACAUAGAUACGCAUCAUCCCUACCAUCAUCAUCAUCAUACGCUGGGUCCCCUGAGUGGGAGUCUGCUGCACAGUUACGGGGGAAGAAAGCCACGAUCUCUGCCGAUUCACCUGCCUCGCUACGACAACGUGGAGGUCAGACUUCAGGCCAUGAGGGAGGAGUUCUAUGCCUACCGCAAACGCCAGGCGAUGCAGCAGAUGGAGAGCGUUUGCUGAGCCAAUGAAGCGUUUAAUUGAGCCACCCUAAACCA